CCACUGCAGCUGCCCAAAUGGCAAGUGUACUUAAGAGCCAGCAAGACUCAGCCCAAGGCACUUGCACUUUCUGUUUGCAAACUGAAACAUUAUGAAAAUUCUAUUAACAAUCAUUUGGCUAGGCUGCAUCUGUGCAAGCUAUGCUGAAAAAGAAGUAAAGAAUAUCGAACAGUUGCUGGAGGCGAAUACCAAGGAACUAAGCGACACCAAGCUUAUACUACAUCACAUUGACGCCACAAACGAACGAAUUAAGGCCAGCAUAGAACAGCAGCGCGUCUGGCUGGAGUCCAUUAAAAAUGUUGAUGGUCUGCUGGCAAAACUGAAUCUAUUUCUUGAUGCGCAAGGCACUGUUGUCCAGGAAGCUUUGAACAACAUAACGCUCAAGUCUGGACUACAUGCGGAGCGUGUGUCUAAGGAGGUAGGCGGCCUGGUGCGCCUGCAGCUCUCCACAAAACAACAGAUCAGCGGGCUGGAGCAAAAGCUGGAUGCCCACCAGAAGCAUGUGCUCCAGAAUGCACGAAGCAUUGACAAUAACAUACUGGAGCUCACCAAAUUGAUAACUCGCGCCAUUUUACCCCAGCUCAAUGGACUGCAGUGCUCCUUCAAUAGUCUGGAGACAUCGCAAAUCAAUAUAGAGGUGGAGCUCAAGAGUUUGACACGCGUCAAGGACAUAAGUGAGGAUUCCAAUCUCAAGCUGAAGGUACUGGGCGACCAACUGGUCAGCUUGAAUCGCACCCAGGACGCAGGUCUCGCAGUCCUCACGCACGCUCUGACACAGCUGAAGCCUCUGAAUACCUGGCAAAUUAAGCAUGCACUACGCGAUCUCAUAAUUUCCCAGAAGCGUAUUGAAUUGGAUCUGGAGGCUUGCGAGAGACGGGCAUCGCCGCAUUACGCCGAUCUGCCUGGUUCCGCCUCCUAUACAGCCUAUGAGAUUGAAUCCCACGCACCACCACCGCCGCGUGCUCAGCCUGGCAAGCAGGUGGAUCUGGUGCACGUCUGGAACGACAAGGACCAAAACCAGCAGAGUAUGUUAUGACUUAUAAACUUAUACAAACACAAGCUUACUAUCCACAACUUUUUCAGGUGCGCACGGUACUCCCUACUACGCUAGCGCCUACGUCCAGGCACCUGAACCAAAACCCAAACCCGGCAAGCCAUCAAAUGCCAGGUACAGCCAUUAUGUUGCGCCAGCUGCCAAGCCCGCUGGCUCCAGCUCCGUCUCCUGGCAGCAGCCUCUACCGUGGGAAGAUGUUUUCUCCUCACAAUCCGCUCCAGCGCCCAAGCCCAAGCCCAAUUCACAAGCAUGGCCAACUGAACCACACUAUCCGUCCGCUCCAGCACCCGCGCCUAAGCCCUAUCAAACUGGUUCAGGUCGCAGGAGACCCACAGCAAACCAGAAGCCAUGUGCCCCGGGCCAAAGCUCGCACAAUCCACCGCGGCACUCAGCUCCCGCUAGCUAUGGACCACCAGCGCCACUAGUACAGUCUUAUUCCCAGCAAGGCAAUAAACCUGGUCAAGCUACGCACCAGCUAAGCCACGCUCCCUGGUACGGCGCCAACUCCCCAUCCGACGGCUACUAAGGCACAUCAGCUUCAUUUUAUGUGAAGUUUGCAAUUGUGUAAACAAAUAGAUAUAGCCGAAAUAUACAUAUGUACAGCAA